AAAAAAGCGGGCUGGAGGUGCGAGGAAAAAUAAGCGCGUCUUAACAAACUUUCUUCAAGGAUACGCAGGGAAAAUUGAAUUUGACGACUUGUAUUUGGCUUAUUCGCGUACCCGGAAACCAUGUUGCAGCGAAAAUCACAACCUAUCUCCUAUGAUCCGAUGAUCAUUCCACGUGUGAAGCAGUACCUUGAGGAGCAUGUGCAUCAAACGUUUGUGGAUGUGGGUGUGAUGGCGCGGGAUCUGCAGCAGCGGUAUCGCGAGUACACACGCCGCAAAGCGGUACCCUUUCGUCUGCUCGUCGAGCAAGCCUAUCGCACGGUGCUGCACAGUUACGGUCUCGAUAGUAAUCCCUCGACGGACGGUGAAGAGGAGGGACUGUCGGAUGUGGAAGUGAUGGAUGAGAGUGUAAACCGGAAUCAGAUGAGCAACACGCUGACCAGUAUGUACAUGGGGAAGAGCGACAAUCGGACGCCGGCUACCUCAACAAUGCCCUCCUGCACCAUCAGUCAAUCGGGAGACGGAGGAGAGGCCAUCGACAUCAGCAGUGAUGAGGAGGAUGAACAACCGCACCAGCAGCAGCAGCAGCACAGUGGACCUUCGGCGGCUUCCGCUGAGGCACGCGGCGCAGAUGAAGAUAAGGCAGAUUUUAUCGCCACGCACGUGGCAUCCAACAAGCACGUUACUGUGACGAAGGUCGUGCGAGCAAAUAAGGUACGCGAGGAUGAUAACAGUAACGAGAGCAUCGCGAGCAGUAACGGCAAGGAUGCGCCGGAGUCAAAGCGACGCCGGGUUGACAACGGUACCUCCAUCACGGCGCAGCUGCUUACACAGAUCCGCAACAACCCGCAGCUGCUCGGUGUUCAACCCAAGCCGACCUCGGGCGGUAAGAAGGCGGCAAACAGUGGCAACAACCAGACGGGAGACAGAGGAAAGACGAAAAAAUAUCGCAAAGAGGUGGCAUCGCGUGUUGUUAGCACGACGUUCGAGGAUGUCGGCGGUAUGGAUCGGGUCCUGAAGCAUUUGUGCGAGUUGCUGCUGCACGUGAAGCAUCCGGAGAUCUACCGUCACAUCGGGUUGCCACCGCCCCGUGGUUUUCUGCUGCACGGGCCACCCGGUUCGGGUAAAACCUUGCUGGCACAGGCCAUCGCAGGGCAAUUGAAAAUCGAAUUGAUUGAAGUGCCCGCCACGGAGCUGGUGGCGAGUCUUUCGGGUGAAUCGGAAGAACGGAUUCGAGAGGUGUUCGAACAGGCCGCAUCGAUGGCACCGUGCGUGCUGUUCAUUGACGAAAUCGAUGCGAUCUCGUCGAACAGAAUCAACGCUCAGAAGGAUAUGGAGAGGCGCAUAGUGUCUCAGCUGCUCAACAGUCUUGACACACUCGGCAAACUGGAGGGAGGCGAUGGUGUUAUCGUGAUCGGUGCCACCAAUCGGCCCGAUGCGAUCGAUCCGGCCUUGCGCCGUAUUGGUCGCUUCGAUCAGGAGAUCUCGCUCGGUAUACCGGAUCGCGAGGCACGCCGGCAGAUACUGGAGAUCAUCUGCAGAAAGCUAAAAAUCUCCGAAGACAUUGAUUAUGGCGAGCUAGCGAAGCUGACACCCGGUUACGUCGGUGCUGACUUGCUUGCACUGGCCACACGGGCAGCUAAUACAGCCAUCAAACGGUUAUUUACGCAGCAGGAGCAAAAGAUACUGUGGGAAUCGUCCGAUGAUGUCGUGGCGAUCGACGAUGAACCCGUCGAGGUGGUGAACAUUGACGACGAAAAGGAAGAUAUUCCUCCGAUUCUGCCAGGCGACGAGGAAACAGUUCAACCGGUUGAAGUCGCUGGAGAAGGGUGUGUAAGCAACGAGGCAGCUGGGGUUUCAUUGACGGAUCAGGCCGAAAAAGCUACCGAAGAAAAGGCACCAGAGGAAAGCAUUGCAGAACCGGCCGUCAGCACAUCGUCGGAAAUGGAAACGACGGUUCCGACCUCAGAGGUGGUUGAAAACGAGAACAAGCAGCCCAUCAAUGACGAGAUCACACCGAUGGAUGUGGAUCAAUCAGCCAAUCAACCUUCAAGCGAUGGUGAAGCCGCUAAUGCUACCGCUGUGGUGUCGGCUGCAGUGGAAGCUGAUAAUGCUGGAACCUCGAACGGACCUACAGUGGAGGCUUUGCUGCCAGACGUUGUAGCGAACGGAGCAGUAGCUACAGAGGAGAAGGAGGAAGAGCACCAUCGGCAACAGCAACAUGAGGAAGAGGCGGAGGCGCCAAGAAAACAGAAGCCCCUGGGGGUUCCUCCCAAAGAGCUUACACUGGAUAAGAUGUUGGAUCUUUUGUUGAACCAACAGAAUGCCCUCCCGGCGACGGAAUUGGAUGGAUUGCACAUCCAGCGGGACGAUUUCAUCGAGUCGCUCAAGACAGUACAACCUUCGGCGAAGCGUGAAGGCUUCAUUACCGUGCCCGACGUGACCUGGAACGACAUUGGUUCGCUGGGUGAUAUACGCGAGGAGCUAAAGCUGGCUAUCUUGGCACCGGUAAAGUAUCCACAGCGGUUGAAAUUGCUCGGCCUGACCUCUCCUUCGGGCGUGCUACUGUGUGGACCACCGGGUUGCGGUAAGACGUUGCUUGCCAAAGCUGUCGCCAAUGAAGCCGGCAUUAACUUCAUAUCAGUGAAGGGUCCGGAGCUGCUCAAUAUGUAUGUCGGUGAAUCGGAACGAGCUGUACGACAAUGCUUUCAGCGAGCGCGCAAUUCGGCCCCGUGCGUCAUCUUCUUCGACGAGUUCGAUGCCCUGUGUCCAAAGCGGUCCGAUACGGCGAGCAAUAGUGCGGGGACACGCGUUGUCAAUCAGCUGCUCACCGAAAUGGAUGGUAUCGAGGAGCGCAGAGGCGUAUUUCUCAUGGCGGCCACUAACCGGCCCGAUAUCGUCGAUCCGGCCGUCCUUCGUCCGGGACGUUUGGAUAAGAUCCUCUACGUGGGGCUACCGGCUCUCACCGAUCGGGUAGACAUUCUAAGGGCGCUCACCAAAAACCGUGCUCAGCCACCGCUAGCCGAUGAUGUGGAGUUCGAGAAGGUGGCCGAACUGACCGAAGGCUAUACUGGUGCUGAUUUGGCUGGUCUCGUACGCCAAGCCUCGUUACAAACACUGAAAGAUUCCAUCGUCGAGGCGGGUGCCCAAGAGGACGCAGAUGACGGUACGCAGCUGGUUGGGACCGAUGGUGAGAUGCUGCUGCGAGUACGAAUGGACCAUUUCCUUGAGGCGAUACGAAACAUCAAACCAUCCGUCAAUGCAGAGGACAAAAAGCAUUACGAAAAGCUGCGCCACAAAUAUGGUACGACAGCAGCUCUGUGCUAGUAGCACAAUCAAAACCAACGACCAUUAAGUCAACCCACAUUCACCAUGCAUUCUCCGUCGUCGUAUUAGUUGCAUCAUUACGCGUCUCCUCCUUCCCAUCAUCCUUCUCAUUGCUGAUGCACCAGCCUACUUCAAACCUAGCUAUGGUAAUCGGAUCUAUGAAAACACGUGGAUCGUCAAGAUUGGAGUUUUGAACAUUUAGCUGUAUCAAUCUGAUUCGUCCGCGUAUCAGGGACGUGUUGUCUUGACACUGAAUAAAGAAUAUUCUCGUACAAA